CGGCCCCUUUGAGGGACCGUGUCUCGGCUUCUGGGGCCUGUGUGGGAUCGGCGGCAGCGCGUGGGGUGAGGGCCCCAGACGGGGCGCCGAGCGGCCUGGGACCCUCGGCACGGAGCACUUACGCAGAGUGGCCCGUCCCCAGAUCUACAGGGAUGACCGUGAAGUGAAUGUGGACCUAAUCUCAUGUGCUGAACCUUCACAGCUCUCUGCACUCUUCCAGGACCAGCAGAAAAUGGACAUACCUCUGGGAUCAGUGUCAUUUGAGGACGUGACUGUGGAGUUCUCCCAGGAGGAGUGGCAGCACAUGGGCCCUGCUCAGCGGACUCUGUACAGAGAUGUGAUGCUGGAGAACUACAGCCACCUGGUCUCACUGGGAUAUUGCAUUACCAAACCCCUGGUGAUCUUCACGUUGGAGCAAGGAAAAGAACCAUGGUCAUUAGAGGAUGAAUUUCCAAAUCAGAAGUACCCAGGAUAUUACAAAGUUGAUGUCCACAUCAAGGGGAACCAGGACAAACAAGAGACACCUCUAUGGCAAGUAAUAUUCAUCGAUGAUGAAACAUUGAGUAAAGAAGGACAGAAAGUUUUAGAAAAACCACUUAAUCUGGGGCCACCUCCAGAUUUUUCAGGAAAAACACCCUGUAAAUGUGACUCAUGUAGAAUGAAUUUGCCAAUUGUUUCUGAAUUAAUCAUUAGUGAAGGACACUCUUCAGGAAAGAAGGCUGAUUGUAUGAGUGCACAUGAAAAGUUGCAUCUUGAUAUUGAGCAUGAGAAAACACAUACUGGAGAAAAAUUUUAUGAAUAUAAUAAAAAUGUGAAAGCUCUCAGUUAUAAAAAAGACCAGCAUCAGAAAUUUGAAACUUCGGAGCAAUCUUUUGAUUGUAAUCAGUUUGGAAAAGUUUUACAUAAUAAGAUCAUCUGUAUUAGAGCUGAGAGUUCUCCAGCAAGAGAGGAGUCAUGUAUAGGUGAUGAAUUUAGGAAAAACUGUAUUAAAACAACUCUUUAUAACCACACAAGAACUGACACAAGUGAGAAAUACUCAGAUCUUAAUGAAUGUGGGAAAUCCUGUGAUAAAAUCACCAUUGUGGAAUAUAAUAAGGUUCACAUGGCCAUGACACACUAUGAAUGUAAUGAAAGUGGGGUUAAUUUCAGUAGGAAGUCACCUCUCACUCAACCUCAAAGAAGUGUUACAGGACAGAGUGCUUUUGAAAGCAAUAAAUGUGAGGAAAUCUUGAACCAGAGUUCAGCCCAUAUAAUACAUCAGAAAACAGAAACUGAAGAUAAAUUCUGUGAAUUUAAUGGAUGUAUACAUGCCUUUUAUCAGAGAUUAGGCCAUCAGAGAACUCACACCAAGGAGAAACUCUACCAGUCUGGUGCAUGUGGGAAAUGCAGGAAAUCCUUUUACCAGAAAGCACACCUCAUUCAGCAUCAGAAGACCCACUCAGGGGAGAAAGCUGACGAAUGUGGGAAAUCCUUUUGUUCAAAUUCACACCCUAUUCAGCAUCAUGAAUCUCAUGUGGGCAUCAAACUCUAUGAAUGUAAUGAAUGUGGAAAUACCUUCUGUCGGAAGUCAAACCUCAGUGAACAUCUGAGAAUUCACACAAAGGAGAAACAUUAUGAUAACAAUGGCUGUGGGAAAUCUUAUGAGUCACUGCUCACAGGACACCAAAGAACAGACUCAGAGAUGAAACUCUAUCAAGGUAGUGAAAAUGGGAAAACAUUCUCCAAAACAGCUUAUCUCAAAGAAUAUCAGAGAAUUCACACAGAAGAGAAACUCUAUGAAUGUACUGAAUGUGGGAAAACUUUUUCCAAGACAUCGCAUCUCAGAGCACAUCAGAGAAUUCACACCGGCAAAAAACCUUAUGAAUGUAUUGAAUGUGGGAAAACUUUCUCGAAGACAUCACAUCUUAGAGCACAUCAGAGAAUUCAUACUGGAGAAAAACCUUAUAAAUGUAUAGAAUGUGGGAAAACUUUCUCUCACAAGACGCACCUCAAUGCACAUCACAGAAUUCAUACAGGGGAGAAGCCCUAUGAAUGUAAUGAAUGUGGGAAAGCUUUUACCCAUAUUUCUGUUCUCAGAGCACAUCAAAGAAUUCACACGGGGGAGAAACCCUAUGACUGUAAUGAAUGUGGGAGGUCUUUUACCCAUAUUUCCGUUCUCAGAGCACAUCAGAGAAUUCACACAGGUGAGAAACCCUAUGACUGUAAUGAAUGCGGGAGGUCUUUUGCCCAUAUUUCUGUUCUCAGAGCCCAUCAAAGAAUCCACACAGGGGAGAAACCAUAUGAAUGUAAUGAAUGUGGGAGAUCUUUUACCUAUAAUUCAGCCCUCAGAGCACAUCAGAGAAUUCACACAGGGGAGAAACCCUACGAAUGUAAUGACUGUGACAAAACUUUUGCCCAUAAUUCAGCCCUUAGAGUACAUCAGAGAAUUCACACAGGAGAGAAACCCUAUGAAUGUAAUGACUGUGACAAAACUUUUGCCCAUAAUUCAGCCCUCAGAGCACAUCAGAAAAUUCACACAGGGGAGAAACUCUAUGACUGUAAUGAAUGUGGUAAAACUUUUUCUCAGAAGACACACCUCAGUACACAUCAGAGAAUUCACACAGGUGAGAAACCCUAUGAAUGUAGUGAAUGUGGGAAAACUUUCUCUCAGAAAUCAUACCUCAGUGGACAUGAGAGAAUUCACACAGGAGAAAAACCCUAUGAGUGUAACAUAUGUGGGAAAUCUUUUGUGUAUAAGGCAGCCCUCUUAGUGCAUCAGAGAAUUCACACAGGAGAGAAACCCUAUGAGUGUAAUGAAUGUGGGAAAACUUUCUCCCAAAAAACACACCUCUGUGCACAUCAGAGAAUUCACACAGGGGAAAAGCCCUAUGAAUGCAGUGAGUGUGGGAAAACUUUUGCUGAUAAUUCAGCGCUCAGGGCACAUCACAGAAUUCACACAGGGGAGAAACCCUAUGAAUGUAAUGAAUGUGGGAAAACUUUCUCCAAAACAUCACAUCUCCAAGCACAUCUGAGAACUCGCACAGGGGAGAAGCCCUAUGAGUGCAGUCAAUGUGGGAAAAUGUUCUCUGAGAAGUCAUAUGUUAGCGCACAUCAGAGAGUUCACACGGGGGAGAAACCCUAUGCAUGUGAUAUAUGUGGGAAACCAUUUGCCCAUAAUUCAACCCUCAGAGUGCAUCAGAGAAUUCACACAGGUGUGAAAUCCUAUGUGUGUAACGAAUGUGGGAAAAGUUUCUCCCAGAAGUCACAUCUUAGUGCACACCAAAGAAUUCACACAGGGGAGAAACCCUAUGAGUGUAAUGAAUGUGGGAAAGCUUUUGCCCAAAAUUCAACUCUUAGAGUACAUCAGAGAAUUCACACAGGGGAGAAACCCUAUGAGUGUGAUGCAUGUGGGAAAACUUUUGUCCGUAAGGCAGCUCUUAGAGUACAUCACACCAGAAUGCACACCAGAGAGAAAACCUAACGUAAUAAACUUGGGAAGUCCUGAAGGAACUCAAACCUUAGAUAACACACAGUAGAGAAACAUGUCACAUAAACUGGCUAAUUGUUUCCCUUAUACAUUUCCAUUUACGCUAGGCACAUAGCUUGUCGAAAUUUCUCAAUUUGUUACUCAUACGGCGGGGGGCUGGCCAUGGAAUGUGAUGCUAAUGAUAGCUAUUACAUUUAAGCCUGGCACUUAAGCAAAUCACCUUACAUUCUUCCUGGUCCAUGUUAAGGUGGAAUGAAGAUGAUUUCCACAGCAAACUUGGGCCCUGUGUACUGAACAUGGUACAGCACAAGGUGAAGGAAGCUAGAAUCUGAACAGCUGUGUGGAACAGUACUCUCCAAGUCCAGACCUUCGCCCAUUGGCUCUUUUUUAGAAAAGCAAUAGUUAAAUUUGUAUUCUGUUGGGUUCUUCAAGGUUUGGUCUGUUAAGUGCACACUGUUUAGCCAACCUUGUUAAGUGGUAUGAAUUCCUAUUGAUAUAAACCUCAGAAGACCUAUAAGAAUUCAACUUUUUGUAUGUCCGAGACUACAUAUAAGAAAGAAAAGUUCUGUCAACAUCAUGACUGAUCCUUUAUUAAAAAUCUGAAAAAUCUCAGGGAAAAACACAAAAGCCUUUACCAUAAAGUGAAUUGAAUUAAACAUCAAGUAGACUAAAAUUUUAUGUUUUGAAUAAAUGACAUUUUUCAACAAAUACUGAAAGUUUAGUUUCAGGUAAUUAAUUCUGAGGAUAUGUAUCAGUUUCAAGAUUGAGGAUAAAACCUUCACCUAGAAGUGAUGUACCAAAACUUGUGUUUUUAUGUAAUAUCAAAAGUUUUUAUAGAAAAUAUGUAAGAAAACAGUUACCUAUAGAUAAAGCCACUAUAAGAAGUGAAGUUUUAAGACUGGAGGAAUAACUUGAAUUCUGUAGAUAACACCAAUAAAUGUUUGUGAAUAGUCUCUG